GGCACUGGCGCGUGCUCCCCGGUGGAUGUUACCGGCUAUGGACCGAGCUCGCGGCGCUGUCGUUUCUCCGCUGCAGUCCCGCUGCAGUGCUUUAGCUGUGCUCGGGAUUCGGGAUGUGUUCUGAAGUGUGUGUUCAGGUCCGCGCUGUGUGUUUUGAUCUGCUGGGAGAACUUUAAGAUAGAUAUAGGAGGGGGGUAGAGGAGGGGGGUCGCUGUGCUUGGAUCAGUCCGACCACCUGUUAAACGCGCCUGAAUGGAAACUAUGUCACCUCUGCAGCAAAUAAACAUCAGCCAGAGCCGCUCCUCAUCUAUCUCCACCGAGGACACAAAAAUGGAGAACAAACGGAGGAUGAAGGCUAUGUCUUAUCGCCGGCAGUCUGCUCCUUCCCUGGUCAUCAGCAAAGCUCUGACCAGAUCCAGAACAAUGUCCAGGGAAAACUGCUUGUCUCCAGUCUGCCCAGAAACCUGCUUGCUGGUGCAGUCGUUCCUGACCCCUGGGCGGAUGUUUAUUUCUCAUGCCUAUGCCCAGCUGAAGACUGGCCUGCAGACACAGGAGAGACACCUGUUCCUCUUCACCGACAUCCUGCUCAUCAGCAAGGCCAAAUCUUCAACAAACUUCAAGCUGAAAGCCCAGGCACGUGUCUGUGAAAUGUGGACGGCGAACUGUAUGGAUGAAGUGUGUGAGGGAAGUAACAGUCCUGAAAAAAGCUUCGUCAUGGGUUGGCCCACCUGCAACUGUGUGGCUACAUUCAGCUCUGUGGAACAGAAGGAAAAGUGGCUCUCCCUUAUGAAAAGUCAGAUAAAAGACGAGAAAGAGAAGGAUCACCCCAAAACAAUCCCUCUUCGAGUGUACACCAAGGACUUUUCAUAUAAAACCCUUGCUGUGAGUAAUUCGGACAGUGCUAAUGAAGUUACUCGUCUGGCGCUGCAGCAGUUCGGCAUUGUGGGUUGUGUGAAGGACUACCAGCUGUGGGUGAGUUCCAGAAAAGACAACUCUCCUUACCCUCUCAUUGGUCAUGAAUAUCCUUUCAGCAUUCAAAUGAGCCACAUAAGAGAGCCACUGAGUCAAACCGGUGAUGUGAAAAGUGAAGCAACUACUCCACCAGACAAAGACAAAGAAGUGGAGCUGCUCUUUGACCAGUUACAGACCGACAGCCAGUGUCAGUUCAUCCUCAAGCCGAGUAGAGUGGCUGUAGGACACUCCUUUGCAGUUGAUCCAGACCAGAAGCCAUUCAAGAGACGCCGUUCACUCAUCAACUGGGCUUUUUGGCGUGGCUCCAGCACUCAGCUGGAUGAUCCACCCCCGUCUCCUUUUCUCCCCACCACUGGUCGGCUCUUUGGCCUGCCGCUCAGUGUGGUGUGCACGGAAAACAGCCUCCCCAAGCCUAUAAUGGACAUGUUGGUGUUUCUGUACCAGGAGGGGCCGUUCACACGGGGAAUCUUCCGGCGCUCUGCCGGGGCCAAGGCGUGCAGGGAGCUACGAGACAUACUGGACUCUGGAUUCCAGGACAUUCAGCUGGCCCGUCAGUCCAUCUUUGUGAUUGCUGCUGUGUUUAAGGACUUCCUGCGGAGCAUUCCAGGCAGCUUGUUACUAUCAGAUCUCUAUGAGAAGUGGAUGGCCACCAUGGAUUCAUCCGAUGAAGCAGAAGACAACCAGUUACAGGCUAUUCAGAGUUUGGUGACCUCACUCCCCUCUGAGAACAUCCUCCUCCUGAAGCACAUUUUGGCAGUGCUCUAUAACAUCCAGCUCCGAGCUGAGGAAAACCAGAUGAAUGCCUUCAACCUUGCUGUUUGCAUUUCUCCCAGCAUGCUCUCUUCCUCUGCACAGAGCAGCCCUGAGAUGGAAGGAGAAGGUGCCAAAAAGGUCUGUGACUUGGCAAGGAUAAUGAUUGAAAAUUGCACGGCAGUAAUGGGAGAAGACGUCACCACCCUGUUUGAUGGUUUUCCUCAAAGAUGCAAUAUAGAUGGUCAUGGAUCAGACAUUUCCUCUUAUCAGAUGACAGACUCAUCGUAUGACAGUCUGGAGAAUGAACUGAACGAUGAUUCUGGAUCUCCCUUCCAGCCCAUGCAGAGGUCGCGGGGGAAGCCAGACAGUCGCAGCUGUGACUCAGUGCUUACCCUGAGUGACUGUGACCUGGACCAGCCUGACCAAGACAACACCCUCAAUGCACACCACCUGCUUUCCCCACUUGCCCAUCCUGUAAAAACUAGCUCUGCAGUGAGCCCGUCCUCCCCUCGCCCCUGUUCCCCUUGCGAGGUACCUGCUCUGCAACAGGGAAUUCGUCAGUUGAGGCGCUGUUCUGAACCUGCCAUCUGGUCUUCGACCUCGUCGUUGAGCAAGUACCUGGAGCGAGUGGGAAACCGAAAGGGCAGCUAUGACGGUGCCGCAAGCCAAGGCAAAAACGAUGCAGAGAUGCUUGUUAAGCAUUUGAAAAACUUGAGGUUGGACAAGCAAAGUAGCUCUAGCCAGAGUGGUCAGAAAGAAAGACCUGUUCGUAAAGAGCGUAAAGAGCACCUUAAACCUCCCCCUCUGCAUCUAGAUGCCAGUUGCUCCAGUCUUUAUUCUCCCGCGGCUUCUCCAACACGCUCUUCAAUUAGCUCCUUGGACAGUGCUUUCUCUCAGCACUCAGCUGACUUUGCCAAACCUUGCUCUCAACCUGUGGGCACCUUCAAGGCAAUAGUGACCAGUUCUCCCAGAUCCCCUGGCUUCGUGUCCAUACCGUCACCUGGCCCAACAGGUCCUUCUCCAAAGGAAUCUCCACCUAAAGAGAGGUUUGACUGGAUCCAACUGAGAAGUACGCAUGGGUUACAUCCAAAUACUUGGCUCAAGAGAGACCACAGACUGUCCUUGUCAAAAGACAGAAUUGGCCUUGAACAUGAAGAAACAGAGGAUCAACCUGUCCAGUCUGAUGUUUCCUUCCAGACUGACCACAUCAAGGAGAAUCAAAGUCUUGAUUCAAGCAAUUCAACCUGUAGGAAAAGAUCUACCAGCCCUCCUUCCUAUCAAGAAGCCAUGCUUCAGACGCAGAACAGCAAGCCAGUUUAUUACCCUGCCUCAGAGAAACCUCUAACAGUCAAAGAACUGAGAGAACUUCACAAUCAGGCGUGUAUCUUGCGCAAGACAAACCUGGGAAGGAGGUAUAUUCAAAAGAGCACCUUUAACACAACUGGAGGCGAGAACAGCAGCCUGCCAAAGUCUUUGUUCUACGGGCAAAGUGGUCGAUGCUUGGCCUUGUACAGGCAGAAAUCGUACUCCCUCAUUCCUGUCGAAGAGACGUCUCAUGGAUACGCUUCAUGUCAGCGCCGAGCAUCUGAACCUGGAAGCACUUUCCUGGGGUUAGACCGGGAGUCCGCGAAGAGUCUGGAGUAUCUGCACAGGCAGGCCAUAGCCAACCAAGACAGAGAUUCUGUCUCCCUCCAUUAUGGACUCAAGGUAUCCGAUGUGGAACCGCAUGAUAGAGCCACUGAACCUUGCUUGUCUCCUUCUGCCACAAAGGCUGUGAAGGACUACUUCACCCUGCAUGGAGGUGAUGAUACCCAGAGUAAUGUAAAGAAGAGUCAGGAAGUGGCACUGGCAGUUGUCCAUGGCAAGCGGGAGUGGAUAAGGAGGUGCAGCGAUCCGCGGCUUGAGGACUUUGAAAAGAUGUUUUUUGCGGAGGAGUCUUACGUUUGACUUACUAGUCACAAGUUGUGCAUUUUCCAAAAUUCUGUCCCAAAGUGGUUUUCCCUGUUUUGACCUGAUCUUAUACAAUUGUUAAUCGUUACUGUGGUCAAUUAAUAAAUUGCUUUUAGAUCAGGGGUAUCAGACCUGUACACAUUUUGGACCGCUGUUGCUGCAUGUUUUUUUUCCAGCCAAAUAGAAGGUCCUUUAUGGGUUCUUUGAAAACUUUGAAGACCAGUUGAAUAAACAAGUGGAAUUAGGUUUGAUGCUGCUUGCUUACAGGCCAAAUUAUACUCUUGCGUCAAACCUACGCAUAGCCACGGACCAUACGCCAUAGCCCGAUGCGUAGCUCCCUAGAAAUGUAGCAAUGCAGCAUCAAAUUUGAUUGGGCCCCAUGCAUUCCCGUCUCGCGGUUUAAACUGCAGAGUGAUGCAGGGACGAGGAUGCAUGCAUGCAGUAUAAAUUCAGGCAGCCUUGUAGGGCACUCGCGCAAGCUACACCACUUGUAACAAAUCAACUCAAACCAGAAGUAUAAAUUGGCCUUAAGAAUUAAAACCUGCAACCACACCAGCCCAAUAUGUAUAGGUUUGAAACCUCUGUUCUUUAGAAUCAGGAAACACGGAAAGCAUGGAGAAUUCUAGGACUAGUUUAGAAAGUAAUCUUUAAUGUAAAUAUGGUUUGUAUAUUGGAAGCAUGUGGCUGUGGCCUGCUGUGUGUAUAUACACUAUAUGGUCAAAAGUAUUGGGACACCUGCUCAUUCGUUGUUUCUACCCAAAUCAAGGGUAUUCAAGGAGAGUUUAUCCUUUUUUUUUUUACUAAUUUUGUCAAAGUAACUGUCUCUACUGUCUAAUUGAGGAAACAAAGCUGGAUGAUCACCCCUCCAUCCUAUUUAAAUUCAAGGUUAGGGGCUUUAUACCCAUCUAGCCCACAUCUGGUAUUAGGCAUAGUGGCAGUAGGUUUAUGUUUGGCACUGUUUGGCUCAGUUCCAGAGGGUUCAAUUCCAGUGGCAGUACUUCUCUACAGGAACUAGGCAAGUUGGUUGUAUUGAAAGUACAUAAAGUUGAAUGAAUACAUUAUAAAGGGUGUCCACAAUAAUUUGAACAUAUAGUGUACAUGCCUUUUUCGCUCAUCCCUUUGUAAAUAGAUUUCCUUACGUCAUGAUGUUUUUAAACGUGGACAGUGCAUUCUUUAAAGGCAACUGUGAUUAUCUGCUGCACUUAUUAUUAUAAGCGUAUUAAUCUCAAUUAUCAAUACAAUCAAAAAUGAAGCAGACUGUUCAAAGUGUUUGUAAAAUAUAAGUGAUUAAAUACUUUCAAGCUAAGUUAAAAGUAAAAUAAAUGUAUAGGUUAAGAGUUUAUAAUAGAAAUGUAUUGAUUUUCCUGUUGUUUCUCUAUGUUUCUUAAACCAAUUGGAUCCUUAAUUGAUGUUGUGUUGAGGAGCUUUUGCAGUGUAAGCAUAAGAGCAAGGUGUAGCUUUUUCUCUGUGUUUUUAUUUUUUUGGGUUUAAUCAUCAAAAGCGAUUCAAAAUACAAGUGGUUUUAAAAUAAUUAUAUGAUUAAGAACAUGAACUUGAUACUGCAAACCAUAACAGUGUGUAGAUAUGUAAUUAGUUACUGUGUAAUUUCCUAUUGCACUUACUGCUUUAUUAAGUGUAAAUAAUCAGGUAAUCAGUUAAACUACUAAAGUGUUUUAUUAGGGUUUAAGGAGAACUUUAAUGCCACACUUACAGUAUACACAGUCCACUCAGAAUAUUAUGACCAUUGACUUGUUUCUACACUUAAUUUCUUUUUAAUCAGCUCCACUGACCAUAGAGGUGGACUUGUAGUUCUAUAAAAUAUGUCACAGACAGGACCAUUUGGAAUGAGUGGAUCAGAUACAGCGGUGCAGAGUUUUUAAACACAUUAGUGGGAACACUUUACAACAAGGGGAGAUAAAUGAAUCAACAGUACUAUUUAUUUAUUGACACUAGUUAAGACUAUUUUUCAUUAUUGCACAUGUUUUGACUAAAGUCUCAGCUGAAUGUUAGUUACAACAUUCUUAACCAUUUCUUAAGAUUUUGUAAUAUUAAAUAAUGCCUUAGGUAGGGCUGCAGCUAUUUUAUUUAAUUAUUUUGAUUAGUUGAGUAAUCAGAUAAAACACAACUGUACACCUUUAAAUUGUAAACUUGUAAUUGUAAAGGCAUGAAACCUGAUACUAUACAUAUAUAUACAUAUAUAUAUACACAGUUCUGUAAAAAAAAAUGAGACCACUUCAGUUUGAAUCAGUUUCUCUGAUUUUGCUAUUUAUAUGUUUGAGUAAAAUGAACGUUGUGGUUUUAUUCUAUCCUGACAAAUUAUUUGGAAUAUCAUUUAGAGCAUUUAUUUGCAGAAAAUGAGAAAUUUCAGACCUCAAAUAAUGCAAAGAAAACAAGUUCAUAUUCAUACAGUUUUAAGAAUUCAGAAAUCAAUAUUUGGUGGAAUCCUGGUUUUUGAUCACAGUUUUCAUGCAUCUUGGCAUGUUCUCCUCCACCAGUCUUACACACUGCUUUUAGAUAACUUUAUGCCACUCCUAGUGCAAAAAUUCAAGCAGUUCAGUUUGGUUGGUUUGAUGGCUUGUGAUCAUCCAUCUUCCUCUUGAUUAUAUUCCAGAGGUUUUCAAUUUGGUAAAAUCAAAGAAACUCAUUUUUAAGUGAGUGGUCUCUUAUUUUUUUCCAGAUUUGUAAAUAUUGGGUUUAUGUGUUGAGACAUUUUUGAGUUGUUAAGCUGAGAAGACGGCAAGGUCAGAUUUUUGUGUAAAACGAGGCGCCUUCGUAAAUGUGUUGUGCACCAUUAAAACUAAUGUGUGAAGUACCUUUACAAUUAAAUAAAUAAAUCCUCAAGGCAGAAAAAAAACGUAAUCAUUUUUUUGUAAUCGAGGUACUUGAUUUAUUCAAGGAAUCGUUUCACUCUGAGUCUCAAGGAAUGUCAAUUAAUAAUUAGUUGAGACAUUACCCAACCAUUUAAAAAUGUUUAUCAUUAUCAUAUAGAUAGUUAUUUGUUGCCCUUAUUGUAAAGUGAUCAGUUAUAAACCUAAAUAUUCAAUAAUAAUCAUGUGUGCAGCUAAAAAUGUUUAUUUUUUAUUAUUGUUUGGUCUCUUUUUAAUGAAUGCCAAUUAGUGGUACUUAAACGUGUAAAAGUAUGAAUCCAGGUCUUAUUUUGCGUAAAUUAUACACAUGCUCAGGAAAAUGUUGUAGAAUUAGAUUUUCUUUCUGAUCUAGAUCCCACAAACUUUAAUGAAUACCACAUUUUUUGUGUAAAAACUGUCCUGGUACUAUUUUUACAAUAACGUUUUUAAUUUUUAUAUUAGAUAAAAGUGUUGCCAGCUCAGUGUCACUGAUUGACUGAGAACAGACAACAAAUAUUCAGUCAACAGCACCCAGUGGGCAGGGCAGUGUACUGUGGGCAUCUACAUCUACAAGAUGGAGCAUCUAGGCAGGAGUUUAUAAGACGAGUGGAGGAGUUAGUGGAAACAAGUGUUUAAAAACUCCAGCAGCACUGCUGUCUCUGAUCCACUUAUAUACCAUAACAACAUGGGCAAAAUGGGUAAAACAUGGGCAGCGAGUGUUGAAGCAAGGAGGUGGUCAUUAUGUUAUGACUGGACUGUGUGUGAGUUAAGAUAUAGGACAGAUCUGCAUAUAUAUUUUAAUGUAAAUUUGCUACUUGAUAGCUGCUCGUACAAACAUGAACAAGCCAAUACGUUUGUGUGCUAUAAGAGAAUAUUGCAUAUUGCUGUAAGUACUGUAUUUAUGCAUUAGACAUAUAUUUUUGGAGAAUCUAAGACUAUCUAUAAAUGUAUGUAUGGCUUGAGUGUGAGUGAAUGAAUGAUGGUGUGCAUAGGAAGCAGAGUCAAAUCUAUAAUCUAUCAAACAAAAUGUCUUAGUGUUUUGUUUUUCCAAAAGACUUUUUAAGAUAUUUCAUAUACAUACAUAUAUAUUUUUUUCUGCAACAUUGCUGCCAAUCCUGUGUCCAUGUAUUACCUUAUAUAUGUUUAGGGUGAUUAAGUGUAACAUGGUGGGUGUUACGCACCAGUUACAGUACCUUCAUUAUCCAUUAUUCAAAAAUACUGCACCUCUGCCUCUCUAUGUACUGUAUGUUUAUAAGAUGCUUUGUGUUUAUGUUCCUACGAUGCUUGUAUUUAUAUUUAUGAGAUGCUUCGAAUAGUGUCUUAAGGCUGUAGUGCAUAAUUAAACAUGCCUUUGCAGCUGCUCCAAUAUAUAUGAAGGUAUUUGCAAUCGCCACAGAAAUCUGGUCAUUUGUAUCAUGUGGUUUAUAACAAUCAUAAUAAUAAAAUGUCAUUUGUGAAAA